AUGGUCCGGCGUGUUAAGAUAUGGCUCACAGAGGCUGUGCUGAUAUCCUCUGGGAUACUCACCAGUGUUCAAUCCCGCCCCUUUCCUCUGAGUUCGGAUAACCCCGAGGCGCCGUCAAGGGGCAUCUUUCGUGCCCAAGCGGCCGGGAAUUGGGCCAACUACAUUCCACCAUCUGAUCUAGGUGGUCCCGAGUUUUCCGAUUCAAAGCGAUCACAGAGCAAGCUUCCAAGCAUUGUACCGCCUCAAACAACAGCUGUUCAAAGUUUGGGCGAACCAGCCCCGGUGCAGCUUGACCAGUUAGCUAAGAACGUUGGAGUCAGUUUAAGCAGCACAAAGACCGAGCCAGCAUCUCGUUAUCGCUACCCGCCGACACCUGUAGCGCAACCUGCUGCGUUUACAGCUCAAGCCCCCUUCAAUCUCAAGAGUUCUUCCAUCAGGAGUGCAACAGCACCCAUUGCUUCGUCAGGCACAUUUGCACCACCGACUAAAUCAGAAAUAAUCCCCACUUCAUCGGCAAUGGCAUCGGCCAUGGCUUCGCAGGAUGCCUUCUUGCCUGUUUCGAGGGAUCAAAUACCAUCCAAUAUUCCGAAAAGAGGAGGCCAUCCCGUUCCAAAGAAUCACAUUGUGAAUGUUCCUGGGCCUAUGUCGACAAACAAGUUCUAUGCCAACUUCUUUUUGAAUGGCCAACAGAAUUAUUCCUACGCCCACCCUUAUUCAGUUGGGUGGUCUAAAGGUAUAGACCCUACGAAAAGCUUCGGUUUAGCUGUAUCCCAUGUCGACGCGCAUCAAAGGGUGUUGGGUGAAAGAAGCAACAACAUUCCCGGGAACCCCGCAAGGUAUUACAUCAAUCCUGUUGGAAUUCAGUCCAUCAUUUUAUCUGCCACUGAGUUUGGAAACUCUACCUCUCUGAGCGUUUCGGAUGCACAGGCCUUCUCUACAGAUGUUAUUCUCAGGCCUCAACAAAAUGCGAAUGCGAGCAUAACUUUUCCACUCGUCCAGGGAAUGGGAUUUGUGACCGGGGUAUACGAUAAUUUACGACCUUUGAUUCAGUCACAGGUAGCCUUUCGGCAGGUAAACCUCGCAGCUAGCCCCAAAAAUGGUGUGUUCAAGUACACGACCACCCUUGAAAAUAGUACAAAUUGGCUUGUGUACGUCACUCCUACGAAUGGAGUUGAUCCAAAACUGGAGCUCGUUUCCAACAGCACACUUCGAGGUCAACCGGGUUUUAAAGGGGCGAUUCAAGUCGCGAGGAAUCCCGGGAAUGCAGAAAGUAUAUAUGAUCGAGCGGCCGGUGCCUAUCCAACAAAGGUGAAUAUCGCUGGCUCUGUUUCAGGACAAAGCGGAACUUACCGAUUUGCGUGGACCAAAGCCGGAAAAUUUGCGAACAGCACGCAGUUGCUGAUGUUUGCGCUGCCGCACCACGUUGCCUCUUUUGACAGUGCUUCAAAGCAACCCACAGCAUGCGUUGGGGAUUCAUGGACAAUGGUGGAGCCAAACCUGCCCAUCAACAUGGGUUUCGAGCCCUGGCAGCCAGGGAUGUCGGGAAAGCCUUCCUUGUCUUCAGCCGCAAAACAGGCUAUCAAGGCAGUAGCACCGUCUGAGCUAUCCCAAGAUAUGAAUGCCCAAACAAAUUUGGACAGCAUGUAUUUUAGUGGAAAAGCCUUGGGAAAAUUUGCGGGGGUAGUAUAUACCGUGCACGAGAUGCUACAAGACCCCGGCAUGGCUUCAACGGCAUUGAAAACGCUCAAGGAAUGUUUUGCCAGGUUCGUGGAAAAUAAACAGAAACACCCGCUUGUCUAUGACACAGUUUGGAAAGGCGUUGUUUCUUCUGGAGCCUAUACCACUGGGGAUAUAUAUCUGGAUUUUGGGAACACUCUAUACAAUGACCACCAUUUCCACUACGGAUACUUUAUCCUAGCAGCCGCGAUAAUUGGAAAACUCGAUCAAUCUUGGCUGGCUGCGAAUAAAGCAUGGGUUAAUAUGCUGGUACGCGAUGCGGCCAAUCCUGUUGCUGACGAUCUGUUCCCCUUCUCAAGAGGUUUUGAUUGGUAUAAUGGACAUUCAUGGGCCAAAGGACUAUUUGCUUCCAUUGACGGCAAAGAUCAAGAGUCCACGUCCGAGGAUACGAUGUUUGCAUAUGCUCUUAAGAUGUGGGGUAAGACCAGCGGAGAUGCCAGCAUGGAGGCUCGUGGAAACUUGAUGCUGGGGAUCCUUUCAAGGUCACUCGACAACUACUUUUUGAUGCGCAACAACAAUACCAAUCAACCAAAGGAAUUUAUUCGAAAUAAAGUGACUGGAAUUCUUUUUGAGAACAAAUGUGAUCAUGCUACGUACUUUGGAACGAACCUAGAGUAUAUCCAAGGCAUCCAUAUGCUCCCACUCCUCCCUGCAUCCGCUUAUGCUCGACGUAAAGAUUUCGUGAGGGAAGAAUGGGAUGCAAUGUUUGCUUCCAAUGCAACAAAGCCAGCAUCAACUGUGGAUGGCGGAUGGAGAGGCGUACUCUAUGCGAAUUUGGCGAUUAUAGAUCCUGGAGCCUCUUGGAACUUUUUUGCUCAGAACAACUUCAACAUGAGCUGGAUCGACGGUGGUGCAAGCCGAACAUGGUACCUUGCAUAUGCGGCCUGCCUUGGUGGAGGGCCCAAAUAA